AGGCGAGGCAAGGCAAAGCAGAUGAAGGAAAUAACAUCCGCACUCGUGCUUGCUGAUAUUCGAUGUUUUUGUUUUCGUCUUUUGUCAUUAUCCACAACAACCGUACGCCUAAAAAAACAGUAGUUAUCAGUGGCCAGUUUGAAUAUAGCACCUCACUGGAGCGCAUUUAAGUUGUUAAGCGGCAUAAAGGUCAACCACACAGAUGUCUCAGUGGGAGAGAGUGAUGCAGCUGCCUGCUGCUUACCAACAACAGCUACAUGAGCUCUACGACAAUGACGAUUUACCCAUGGAUGUCAGGCACUACCUGUCAGUAUGGAUGGAGAACCAGGAGUGGCCGCGAGCGGCACGGGAACACGACUUGGCUGUUGUGCUGUUACAAGUCCUGCUGGAAAAUCUAGACAUCCAACACAGUCGUUUUGUCCAGAGGGAUGCGAUGCUACUGAAGCACAACAUUCGGCGUUAUAAACAGAACUUUCAGAGGUACCUGGAAGACCCCUGUGCCCUGGCCAGCACAAUCCUCUGGUUUUUGGGGAAAGAAAAAGAAAUCCUUCAGAGUGCUGAACUUGCUGAACAGGUCCAGCACUUGUGCGUUGAGCCACAAAUCAUGGAGACAAACAGCCAGCAGGACCUUGAACGAAAAAUGGCGUGUCUCAGGAGUGACGUGCAGUGCAUGGAACAUACGAUGAUAUGUCUGGAGGAGCAGCAGGAUGAGUUUGAUUUUAAGUACCAAACCCACAAGAUGGAAGCUGUUGUAGACGAGGCCGUGAACAGAGCUCAGAUCCAGAUGCUUCAAGUUCUCGUCAACAGACUGAACGAGUGCAGGAAGAAUACGUUGCUUGACAUAAAUAAACUCCUGGAUAAAGCCAUGGACCUUAUCAACAUACUGGUGAAAAAGGAGCUGAUGGAGUGGCAGAGGAGGCAGCAGAAGUCCUGCAUCGGUUCUCCGGGCGAUGUUUCCCUGGAUCACCUGGAGAAAUGGUUCACCUGUGUGGCACUUUGUCUGUUCCAAGUGCGAGAGUUUCUCAGUAAGCUGGACGAGCUGGUGGAAAAGGUUUCCUAUGAAAAUGAUCCGAUAAGAGCUCAGAAACCCGUUUUGCAGAAGAGAACCGAUUCUCUCUUGGAAGAACUACUGAAAAGUUCUUUUGUGGUUGAAAAUCAACCUUCCAUGCCUCAGGGUAAAGGGCCUCUGGUUCUCCGCACUAACAUCCAGUUCUGUGUUAAGACCAGGCUUCUUGUCACGUUUCCUGAACUGAACCAUGUCAUGAAAGUAAAUGUAUCAAUGGAACGGGAGACUCCUCCGAUUAAAGGAUAUCGGCGCUUUAAUGUCCUGGGAACCGACACCAAGGCCUUGAACAUGGUAGAGAGCCAGAGCAGAGGCAUGGUGGCAGACUUCAGACAUCUGACUCUCAAGGAGCAGAAGUCUGGAAGUGGCGGCAAAGCAAUGAGUGAUAUUUCCCUCAGUGUCACAGAAGAGCUGCACAUCAUCAACUUCCACACGCGGUUUGAGCUGAAAGGUUUCUCAGUCAACCUGCAGGCCUCAUCUCUCCCAGUUGUUAUCAUCUCAAACUCCAGCCAGCAGCAGAGUGCCUGGGCCUCGGUCCUGUGGUUCAACAUGCUCAGCCAAGACCCCAAGGACGUCAUGUUCUUCGCCACCUGUCCAACAGCCACAGAGAACGCACCUGACACUUUCUGGGUGUGGUUUGAUGGCAUCCUAGUCAUGGUCAAAUCCUUCCUUGAAGACCUCUGGAGGGAGGGACUGAUCAUGGGCUUCGUGAGCAGAGGCAAAGAGAAGACUCUCCUGAAGAGGAAAAAGAGAGGCACGUUCCUCCUGCGCUUCAGUGAAAGUGUCAUUGGUGGAAUCACUUUCUCCUGGGUAGACACCACUUCAUCUGGUGAGCCAGAUGUAAAGACCGUCCAGCCCUUCACCAAAGUUGACCUCAACCAGAUCCCCUUCCAGGAAAUAAUUCGCAAUUUUCAAAUCUUGGAAGCCGAAAAUAUCCCAGAAAACCCUCUGCUCUAUUUAUAUCCCGACACGCCUAAAGAUGAGGCCUUUGGAAAAUUCUACACUGAAAAGACAGGAGCUGACAGUCCUUACAUCAUGUACAUCAAAACCAAGCUGAUGUUCGUGUCCAAGGAGAACACACUGGAGCCUAUGCCGUCCAUGUCCUGUGACAUGGGACAGGGCGACGGCCCGGAGCCAGUGAAUGGCCUGUGUGAAGAGGCAGCUGAACAAAACGACAAUCUUCAUCAUCUGAACUCCUCUCUGGACACCUGUCUACUUGAUCCUAUGAUGUCUGUCACUGCCCUGCAGGAGGAUUUAAUGUUGUGUCCAAGCAGCCCCAACAUCUUAGACGAACUCUUUGGCAGUGACACACAGAUGCCUGACUUCAAUAUUCAAGAAUUAAUCCUGAUGACCCAAUAAGUCUCAGCAAGGGUUUUCCAGACGUCUGCUUUUGUUCAUUUACAUCUCGCCUACAGCCCUGCCCUCAGAUCCUGACAUCAGCAGUCCGUUUAUGAACCUAACCAUUAUUUAUUUUUUGACAUUUGUUAGAAUGCUUAGAUUACUUUUUAAUAUCCACCACUAUUCAGAAUACUACUGCAUACAUAACUUUUCUUUCUGCUCGUCGGUGUUUUACUCAUCUUUAAUUCUUUUCCACAUUUAAUGUUUUCCAAAAUAUCUGGCCCACAGCCUAACUUACCUAACUGACCAGUAAUGUAGACGUUCAAAUGCAGCAUGUAGCUUCACCACCAGGUGACGCCAAAACCUUCGCCGUAUACUUUAAAACAGCUCAUUCAGUCAAGUGCUCGUUUAUUCAAAAUCAACAAUAAAACUUCCAGUGUUACUGUUA